AAAACUAUCAUCCACCUCCAAGCUCUUUUGGGUAACAGAUGGGCUGCCAUAUCAUCAUAUUUACCUCACAGGACCGACAACGAUAUCAAGAACUAUUGGAACACUCAUCUCAAUAAGAAACUCAAUCUGCAGCGUCAAAAUGGUAUCACCAACGAAGACAGCACCAACAUGACAGAGAUGUCGUCUUGUGAUAACAAAAACAGCUACAACAAAAGGAUCAUCAACAAAGGCCAAUGGGAGAUAAAACUUCAAACAGACAUCAACAUGGCCAAACAAGCCUUGUUCCAAGCCUUAUCACUUGGCCAACCAUCUUCAUCGACCCCUCUCGAUCCCGACUCCCCAAAGCCUCAUGAUCAUCAUUCUACCACCGCUACUUAUGCCUCAAGCACAGAUAACAUCUCUAAGUUACUACAGAACUGGACAAGCUCGUCCUCUUCAAUGCCUAACACUUCAUCACUCUCCAACAACCGGAGCUCAAGCACCGGUGAAGGAGGACUUCUUGAUCAUCACUCUUUGUUCUCAUCGAACUCAGAAUCUGGAUCAGUUGAUGAGAAGUUGAAUUUGAUGACAAAUACAAGUAUUUUCAAAGGUGAGAGCAAAUCCAACGCUGACAUGGAAGCAACUAAUAAUGCUACUAAUGAUGAUCAUGGCUCGUUGUCUUUGAUCGAGCAAUGGUUAUUUGAUGAUCAAGGCUUGGUUGAUCAGUGUGUUGACGAUCAAGAAGAUCUAAUUGAUGUGUCUUUAGAGGGUAAAAAUAAUGGUAGGUAG